AGAGAGAGAGAGAGAGUUUUCUCUCUGCCUCACUCUUUAUUUAUAUCCCUUCUAUUCUCUCUUUGAUUUCUCUAUUUAAAAUUUUAAAUAAAAAAGAAAGCUCUGAUCUUUCUCUCUGUGUUGAACUCUGUGUGUUGCUCCCUCUAGAAAAAAGGAAUUGUUUAUGUUAAAGAAAGAUGGGGGCUUUGUAUUCUUAUGGCAGUGUGAAUUCUCAAGCCAAGCAAAAGUCUUCUCCUUCGCACACCUUUCAAUCUCAAAAGCAAUGAAUUGAGAAUCUACGGUUUGACAGCACCAACUCCAACAAAGGUCUGUUCUUUUGCUUCUUUUCUUGCUAUCUCAACUCCCAGUUUUGUCAAUUUCUAUGCUUGAUUGUUUUGAUUCCCCAUCUGGGUUUUGUUCCUGUUGAUCAUUUCUUUCAGACCCAGUUGUUGAUUUUGAUCCCCUGGCCUCAAGUUUGAUUCCAAAAUCCAUGGUUUGCUGGGAGAAAUGGGAUUCUGGCUAUCUGGGUGUUUUGUUUUAUAUGAUGUGGGCUGUUAAGCAUCCUAUAAAUUAACUAGGUUUUAGAGAGCUUUAGGUAUUUAUGGUGUGUUUUGGUUGAUUUUUUGGGCUUUUGGGAUUUAGGGUAGAGGUUUUGAUAUGGAGGAAGUUGAAGAAGCUAACAAAGCUGCUGUUGCAAGCUGCCAUAGAGUUUUGAAUCUGUUGUCUCAGCCACAAGAUCAAGUUCAGUUUAGGAAUUUAAAGGCGGAAACUGGGGAGGCUGUGUUUAGGUUCAAGAAAGUUGCCUCUCUUCUCAAUACUGGUUUGGGUCAUGCUAGAGUUAGAAAGCUCAAGAAACUUCAAAUCCCUUUUCCUGAAAGUGUCCUCUUAGAUAAUCCUAAUUGUACAACAGACCAUCACUCUAAAAAUCCUCAUUUUCUUCAAUCUAGAUUUGCUGAGAACCCAGCUCAAGAUUUGAGUUUAAAUGUUAGAAAUUCCUUAAGUUUGGGAAACCCCUCUUUGGAAUUGAGCGCUAAUGGGAAAACCCCAAUUCAACUACAACAAGCACUUCCAGCGCACUAUCACUUCCUUCAGCAGCAACAGCAGCAUCAACAACAGCAGCAGCAGCAGCAGAGGCUAUUGCUUCAGCAGCAGCAUAUGAAACAACAAGCGGAAAUGAUGUACCGGAGGAGCAAUAGUGGCAUAAACCUCAACUUUGAUAGCUCUAGCUGCACACCCACAAUGUCAUCUACAAGGUCCUUCAUUUCUUCCUUGAGCAUAGAUGGAAGCGUGGCUAACUUGGAGGGUAACUCAUUCCAUUUGAUUGGAGCUCCUAUCUCUUCUUCGGAUCAAAAUUCACAACAUAAGAGGAAGUGUUCCGCGAGGGGGGAUGACGGCAGUGCAAAAUGCGGUAGCAGUGGUAGGUGUCACUGCUCAAAGAAGAGCAGGAAACAUAGGGUGAAAAGGUCAAUUAAGGUGCCUGCUAUUAGUAACAAGCUAGCAGAUAUCCCUCCUGAUGAUUAUUCAUGGAGGAAGUACGGCCAGAAGCCAAUCAAGGGAUCUCCUCACCCUAGGGGAUACUAUAAAUGUAGUAGCAUGAGAGGUUGUCCGGCCAGGAAGCAUGUGGAGAGAUGCUUGGAAGAACCUUCCAUGCUUAUCGUCACCUAUGAAGGCGAACAUAACCACCCAAGGAUACCAUCACAAUCCACAACGACGUAAAAUACACAGAGAGCUUCAUCAAGCUCAAGCCCAGCACAACUUAUUAAACCAUAUCUAUGACGGGCUUGAGAUGCUCCAGUACAUAUUUUGCAUGGUUUGAGCAUGACAUACAAUCGGAGCAGUUUUUACGUCUUUGGGGAGUUGGAUCUUCGAGCGUUUUGGCCAUUUGGCAGCAGGCAAUGGAACCCCUUGGUGGACUUGGAAGGAGUUUGUAAAACUGGUCAACUUUUAAAUCUCUUUUCAUGUUUUUUAGCAAGCAAUGCUUUAAACAAUUUAGGGUUUUUGAAAUUAAUGGAAUGCCUUUCAUGUGGUA